GUUCCGGUUAUGUGUAUGCCAAUGUGUUGAUAUAGAAUCACAGUUGAAAGCUUGGUUUAAGUUUAAUGUUGACACAUUUUCGUCGUUUCUGUAAAGAGUAAUGGUUACAUAUGGACAUAAUAUAGUCUUACAAUAGUGAUAUUAGAACCCAAAGAGAAUAGAAAUGUCUAGGCCUAGUCGUUGUCCGAGAAGCGACAUGAUGUAAGAUGCCACGAACCUGUCCUGGGUACCCUACAAUGGUCGAGGAACGAAAAUGAGGCCAAUGUGGGUACCAACACCAUAUUCCAUUGGAUCUUCAUUGCUGACGACGUCCUUCCGUAGAAUACAUCAAGAUUUUAAGACAGAAAAUGUCUGACGAUUACGAUGUAAUAGUGCUUGACUGCGGGAGUGGUGUGUGUAAGGCGGGAUUAGCCGGGGAAGACGAACCGCGCGUGGUAUUCCCGACCAUAACCGGGAGAUUUCAUAACAGUGAGGUGAAUAUGCCAGGCUUGGGGGUCAGUGAAUGCUAUAUAGGGAAUGAGGCUCAGAAAAAACGCGAGGUCCUCGCCCUUGAGUACCCAAUAGAACACGGCAUCGUCACUAACUGGGACGACGUGGAGAAGAUCUUGCACCACACCUUCUACAAUGAGCUCCAUGUAGCUCCCAAAGAACGUCCUAUCCUUCUGACAAAGCCCCCAUUGAAUCCUAAGGCCAACACAGAAAAAAUGGCUCAGGAUAGAAGUAAUCUGCGCUACAUUUCCUUGUACUUCAUCAACAUCUACUCGUUUUCGUAGUUAUUAUUCGAGGUUUUCGACACUCCUGGACUGUAU